AAAUGAGACUCUAAUUACCUUACCCAUUUUUUCCUUCCCUUUUUUUCCCCCCCGUGACAAAAACUGACCCCCUCCCCCCACAAUUAACAAUUUUUAUUGUUUUCUUUUUACAAGGUGUUGCAAACACUUUUAAAGAGACAAGAAAGUUGAGUAUUGCAUAAUGAGAAAAUGUUUGAUGUAAAGCAACGAUAUUCAAACCGUACGCUUGAAUAUCCAUCAUCAUGUUUCUCUGCCAUGUACAGUGGCGCUAGAACUUACGCUCACACUAUAAAAAUGAACCGCUAUGAAAUUUACUAUUUUCUCGUUGAUGUUGGUAUCCAAAUUUUCAUCUUCAUCUCAAUCUUAAAAGCCAUUGAAAAAAUGGAACAGAAACCAUAUAAAUAUUUUUAAGAAGGAAAAAAAACAAGAAGCAUUUACCUUUUUAUUGUUAUUCCUCCGUACAGAAAAUCGAACUUUUUAGAUUUGACGAGACAAUAGACAAUUGCAGCAAUGCAGCACAAACCAUUCUCUUGUCAGUGGAACCCAAAGAAACGCCAUUUACUUCCUGGCGAUAGUUUAUUUGAAGAUGGAGACAUUUUUUGUAACCUCUUGCUGAAGCAAAUGUCUUUGGCCGAUGAAGAAUUUAUUAACAAAGUCCCUGAGUUUCCCUGUGGUAUGGCUGGCUGUCAAAAGACCUUCAAUAACUUAGUAAGUUACGAAUGUCACUACAACAGCCUCCAUCGGAACACUUGUGCCACUUGUCGCCGUAUAUUUCCAUCGUCCUACCUCCUCGGACUUCAUAUACAAGAGUGGCAUGAUGUCAUGUUUGAUAUUAUGUCGGGCAAAAAACCAAUGUUUAGCUGCUUACUGGAAGCAUGUGGACAGAAAUUCCAGACAUCUCAAGACAGGAAGGAACACAUGAUUAAAUGUCAUAAAUAUCCUGCCAACUUCCGAUUUGAUAAACAGAAAAAUAAAUGUAAAAGUGUAACGGCAGAGACAGAAGAUAAGACGGAGAGUAAAGUGGACAACAUGGAAAUAACAACAGCAACAGCAACACCACCACCACCACCAACAACAACAACCACCACCACCACCACCACAAAGAAAUAUAACAAAAUUCCUAAAAACAUCUGUUUCGGUAAAGGUUCAGUGAGAACAUUCCACAAGCAACAACAGAACCCUACCAAACAUUGGCACCAACAGUUCAAGACGGAGAAAGGUGACGGUGGUGGCGGAGACAUUGAGGAGGUUACCAUGACAGACUUGAUGACUGCUCUGGAAGAAACCAGUUAAUACUCACCACUUCGUAUUUAUUCUCACCCUUCAAGAAAUGGUUUCCUUUUUCCUUUUUUUUUUUUUUCGUUUUGUUUAUUUAAACUUCUCUCUCUCUCUCUUUCUCUCUUUCUCUCUCAGCUAAUUUGUUCUAAUUAAACAUAGGGCAGACUUAGAUAAUGAUAUAUUGGACUCCCAAUCGUCUGCUUUACAUAUCAAACUCUUUUUACAACAGUAACAAUAACCUGCCGACCAUUUCAUUGCUGAACACUGCUAGAGUGUUUUCGUUGUUCUUUCUCUCACUCACACACACACACACACACACACUUUCUACCUAUCUACCUUAUAUCUAUCAGUUCUGCAUAAAUUUAGCUGCUCUUAGAUA